UUAAUAUCUUUAAAUUUUUCUACGGAUGAUGAUAACUCAUCGUCAUGUAUGGAUUAUAUUAAUGUUGAUAGUAUUGGUGAAAAUAAAAUUGAAUUUCCUAUUGAAACCAAAGUUAAUUUAGCUAAAAAACCAUUAAUACCAAAAAAACUGGUAAAACCGAUUGUCCGACCACGAUACUAUUCAACAGAAUUGGGUAUUCGUGAAAAAUUAUUUGUUGGUGUUUUAACAUCUUUCGAGAAUCUUGAUUCUGUUGGUAUUUCAAUUAAUGUUUCAAUUGGACAAUAUGUAAAUAAGAUAAAAUAUUUCGUACAAGCCUUACACAACCAAGCAAGAGAUAUUUCAUUAAAUAAUGUCGUUGGUUUUACUGAUCCUCGAGAAACGCAUCGCCCCUUUCAUAUAUUUAAAUAUAUUGUCGAUAAUUUUAUUCAAGAUUACGAUUUUUUCUUUUUAAUGCCUGAUAAAGCUUACAUUAAUGGAAAUAAAUUAAAAAAUAUGCUUAGUAAAAUCAGUGUAACACAGGAUAUUUACACGGGCGUAAAAGUUGAGGAGAGUAGUUAUUGUUCGCUAGAUGCUGGAAUUCUGUUCAGUAAUAGUGUUGUUCGAAAAAUUAAGAACAAUCUUGAAUGGUGUAUCAAAAAUGCUGUUUCGAAUGAACAUACUGAUAAUAUUGGGAGAUGUACCGUUUAUGCUAUAGACAAAGAAUGCCAAGAAAGUGUUCAAGGACAACAAUUUAAAAGUUACAAAGCAAAAUUUUUCAGUUUUAAGAAACAUUUAAAGGACUUAGUAGAAAAACCAGAAUUAAUCGAAGCUGUAUCUGUGUAUCCAGUUGUAAAUGCAGAAGAUAUUUAUAUUUUGCAUAGUUUCUUUUCCAAGCAAACUUUAAUCGAUGUUCAGCAACAAAUCAAUGAUUUACGACAAAGUAUUUUACAAACAUCAAAUUUGCAUCCACCAGAAUUUUCAGAAAUAUCAUGGCCAAUUGGAGAUAAAAAAAGAGCGAAACCCUUGAGUCGAUAUGAUUUAAUUCGAUACGAUUUAAUUAAUAUGACGCAUACGUUUAUGCGCGAUGAUUUUCAAAGUGUUAUUGAAUUAAAUCCAUCGGAAAAACAAGAUGUUAAAGGAAUAAUGGAUGCCGUUAUUUCAAGAGUAAAUUUCAAAUAUGGAAAUCAAUUAAAGUAUCGACGACUAGUGAAUAUGUAUCGCUUAUUUGAUCCGAGUCAAGGUCUAAAUUACAUCGUCGAUUUGGGAUUAAAAAAUUCAAGCAAUGGAAAAGAAAUCAUUAAACGAAUGGAAGUUGUCAAAACUUUAGGUCAAACUGAAAUUUUGCCUGUACCAUACGUAACGGAAAACACAAGAGUCACAAUUAUCUUACCCAUAUUAGAAAGUGAAAGAUUAUCCGCGGAAAAUUUUAUAAAUAUGUAUAUGGAAAAUAUUAUGCCACGGCGCGAGAAAACUUAUUUAAUGCUAGUGUUUCUAUAUGGAAUUGAUGCGCCCAGCAAAGGAAAUGAAGAUAUAUUUGCGGAUGUUAAAAAAGCAGCACUAAAAAUUAGCGAAAAAUCGAAAACAACUUUGUCUGGUAUUGCUUGGGUAUCAAUUAAAUUUCCAUCAAAUGAAAUUAAUCGUUAUGAUAAACGAACAAUAUUUACAAUUUUGGAUUUAAGUUUACGUAAAAUUGGUUUGGAUGCUUUAGUUUUGUAUUUGGAUGUUUUUGCAGAUGUUCGUUUUGAUUUUUUAAAUCGAGUUCGUAUGAACACCAUAUCAGAGUAUCAAACAUUCUUUCCAAUACCAUUUGUACAAUUCAAUCCAAAAAUUUCAGAACGAGAUGAUUUCGAUGUAAAUAAAAAUGUUGGCCAAUUUGAUACAAAUGAAUAUAAUUAUUUUUCAUUUUAUGGACGGGAUUACGUAAAAACACGGCGGAAAACUGAAAAAUUAGUACCGAUUGUACGAUCUGACAAAGAUAUUUCGAAUAUGAUGAAAGGGAAUUAUUCAGAAUUUCGUAAUAUAUUCGAAUAUAUGUUAAAAAAUAAUGAAAAUUUGCAUUAUUUUCGAGCAAUUGAACCAAGUCUUAAAAUUAAAUACCAUGAUGUAUGUCGUGAUAAUUCUGAAACCAUACGUUUAGGUUCGAAAAUACAACUUGCAAAAUUAAUAUUAGAUAGUAAUUUCACACUGCCUUAA